AUAUGUGACGUACUGAUUUGUACAAUCGUACUUAAUCGACCGCCCGCUGUAUUUUGUUGUCUUUACAGAGGAUGACGGGUGUAUUUCUAGUUUUUGUUAACUUUUAUCAUCCACUAAGGUAAAUAACAUAAUGUUUUAGACUCAAAAGGCAACUGUAGAUAUUUCAUUUGACGAUUUAAAAUAGGGCGCGAGACCACAGUAUAGGAAAGUUGGGGGACACAUACAUGCUUUCGAUUAUUGUUUGUCCAUUGAAAAUACAGCUUCAAAGCAAUCAAGUGAACACAUUCAGUCGGCUUUCUUAACGGGAUAAAAAUCUGUCAGAGUUUGGCAUUCAAGUCUUUGGAGGAAUGAAACGCAAAUGUCUACAGAGCAAAGUUGAAACCGGGAUCAUUUGACUAGAAGUUUGGAUCCUCCUUGACUUGCUCACAGCCAUGGUGACUCAAAUAUCUUAUCGGCUUUCUGAAUGAGCGCAUUGUGCAAUGGGGACACAGAGAAACGGGUUCUGCAAACGAGAGACUUUCAUUCUGUCUGUUGAUGUGGGAACAACUUCCAUAAGGUGCCAUGUUUACGAUAAGAGUGCGAAUAUCAAGGGGUCCUGCUCCUCGAAGGUGUCCCUUCUGUAUCCUCAGCCUGGAUGGGUCGAGAUUGACCCUGAGGAACUGUGGAAAGGGUUUGUCACUGUAGUCAAAGGAGCAGUUCAAGACUCAGGCUUACAGAUGUGCCAAAUGGAAGGUCUUGGCAUCUCAACCCAGAGGGCAACAUUCAUGACCUGGGACAAAAACACAGGAAAACCAUUUCAUAAUUUCAUCACCUGGCAGGACUUGAGGGCAGCCGAGUUGGUGAGAUCGUGGAACGGGUCCUGUACUAUGAAGACAGUACAUGGGGUGACGAAGAUGCUGCACUUCCUCACCAGACAAAAGCGGUUCCUUGCAGCCAGUUUGGUAGUUUUUACUACCCAACAUGUGUCACUACGUCUUGUCUGGGCCUUGAACAAUAUCCCUCAGUUGCGGGAGGCAGUCGAAGACGGUUCCUGUUAUUUUGGGACCAUAGACACGUGGCUGCUGUACAAACUCACUAAAGGCCUGGUUCAUGCUACAGAUUACUCUAAUGCCAGUACAACAGCAAUAUUUGAUUCCUAUCAGAUGUGCUGGAGUGGGUUUCUUUGCUCACUCCUCUCUAUACCUCUCUCCAUCCUUCCCAGGGUGCAGAACACGAGUCAUAAAUUUGGCUCAUGUGAUCCAUCCAUAUUCGGGGUGCCCAUCCCAAUCAUGUCUGUUAUGGCGGAUCAACAAGCAGCCAUGUUUGGAGAAUGCUGUUUUGACACUGGAGAUGUGAAAAUUACUAUGGGCACUGGGACCUUCAUGGACAUCAAUACAGGAAACAAACCACACACGUCUGUUGCCGGCCUUUAUCCACUGGUGGGCUGGAAGAUCGGUGCUGAUGUUGUGUAUCUGGCUGAAGGCAAUGCUGCUGGAACAGGUGCUGCAAUUAAAUGGGCACAGGAUCUAGAGCUCUUUUCUGAUGUGAAGGAGACAGAAACCAUAGCCACUAGUGUGGAAGACUCAGAUGGCGUGUAUUUUGUGCCUUCUUUCAAUGGCUUACAGGCCCCUCUGAAUGAUCCUAAAGCUUGUGCCUCUUUUAUGGGCUUAAAACCUUCCACAACCAAGAGACACCUGGUCCGAGCCAUUCUGGAGUCUAUAGCAUUCAGGAACAAGCAGCUCUUUGAUGUCAUGCUUAGGGAAACACGUAUUCCCAUUACUAAAAUCAGGGCAGAUGGAGGUGUAUGCACAAAUGAUUUCAUCAUGCAGCUGACUGCUGAUCUGUUGGGGCGCAAGAUAGCACGUCCAUGUCACUUUGACAUGUCCUGCCUUGGAGCUGCUUUUGUUGCGGGACUAGGAACAGGCUACUGGAGGAGCCAAGAGGAGCUGAAGAAGCUUUUGACCACUGACCAACAUUUCCUUCCCAGAAGGAGUAAAGCAGAAGGGGACAAGGGAGGCCAAUACAGAGCUGUCCUGCAGAGCUGGGAGAGGGCUCUUCAGCGAUCCAUGCACUGGUACAGCCAGCCCUGAUUUACCACAAGUUUAUUCUGUAAACAGGUGUGGGGUGAUUCUCCUUCUCACUGAGGAAAAACACUUGAACAGUAUGAUUUCCUAUCUGCAUUUGGAAACUUGCAGAUCAGUGGUUUAUGAUUACAGUUUAUGAGUCUUGCCUAAUCACAAGGAGUUUUACAGAUUUACGACUUGUUUGUGCAAAUCAAAGUCGCUCAGCUGUGAAUCCAGUAGUAUUAUGAUGAUGAGGUGGCAGGCUGCUGCACAAUUCCUACUUUAGAAUAAGAUAGAUGUAGUUUUAUGAUUUUGCCAAUCAAUACUUAAGCCAUUAGGCACUGAAAAUCAAUCAGUGCCUUUAUCUGACUACUGUUUUUUUUUUUAAAUAAAAAUGAACAAAUUAAUUUAUUUAACUGUGCCUUAAUGAGGUGCUUUUGAAUGAGAGAUUCUCAGUGAGGUAACCUGAUUACUCAUCUCCCAAAUUGACAUCUCACCCUGAGAGAAUUAUAGUAAUUUUAUGUAUGUUGUUUACAUAGAUAGGAUGGGAGUAAGUGAAACUUAAUGCUCUUUCUCACUUUUAUUAACACACAUUGUUCAUCCAUUAGUAGUGUAUGGCAAUGAAUACAAGCAUUCAUUGAUGAUAUUGUAAUUUUCAUGUAAUUUUAGUUGAUAUUUUCUAAUUGCACAUAUAGUCCUGACAUUAUAGGUUAUUUUUUAUAUUAAAUGUACCUCUUAAUACAAAGACAAUGCUGCAAACAUGGAAAACUUGUUACCUGAAGUGCUAUAUUUCCUAGUGUGUGUUUUUUGUUUUGUUUUUUUUCUCCCUGACUUAAAGCAUCCAACCUGCUAUUACUUGUUUUUAUACAAACUAUAGCAGUGUUGCAGUUUCCACUUGAUACUAUCAUCUGUGGCUAAUGAUAUAAUACAUUCAACUGUAGUAAUUAAGUAACUGUGAAACUGUAAUAUCAUAGGUUGAUAAUCAGGGUUUCAAAGAAAGAAUAGACUGAUAUUUGCUAUAAAGAAAAAUGUAUUUUAUGAAUAGACUUUCAAAGAACUCUUAACAUUGUGCCAUGUUUCAUGUCAGUAUGUGAAAUUAUUUGUUUUAAUAAAUUUUCAAUAUGCCAUUUUAAUGUCA